CGGAAAAAGUGAAACAGUAGAAACAAGACAACUUUGUCAGGCUGAAUAACGACUGAGGACAUAAAGAUUUUCUUUCAUUUCUGCUCACAGGUCUGCUGAUUUGCUAAGAAAUUAAACUGCAUUACCAUGGCAUCAGUUGUCUAUAAGUUCCUGGGUGACCUGCUUUCUUUUCAAAUGGCUGCUCUUCUAAUUGCCUCCACUCUUUUGCUUGUUUUGGGAUUGCAAAGAAAAAAGAGAAUGUCCAUGCCAGGCCCAUGGGCACUGCCUGUAUUUGGAAACUUUUUUCAAAUUGGAAACCAAGUCCAUAUAUCCCUUACGGAAAUGAGGAAAACAUAUGGAGAUAUUUUCCUGAUAAAAUUAGGCUUGAUGCCAGUUGUGGUUGUCAGUGGUUUUGAGACAGUAAAAAAAGUUCUUGGUAAACAAGGAGAAAAUUUUGCCAACAGACCCAACAUGUAUUCAUUUUCACUGCUGGCUGAUGGAAAAAGUAUGACAUUUUCAGAAAAGUAUGGUGAAACUUGGAAAAUUCAUAAGAAGGUUAUGAAGAACGCUUUGAGGACCCUGUCCAAGUCAGAAGUAAAUUCCCUGAACUGCUCCUGUCGCCUUGAGGAAUAUGUUUGUGCAGAAGCUUCCGAUUUAGUUAAUACAAUGCAACAACUGUCAAAAGAUCAUAGAGGAUUUAACCCAUCCCCUUUAAUAACUUUGACCGUUGCUAAUGUGGUAUGUGCCCUGUGCUUUGGUAAGAGGUAUAACCAUCAUGACAAAGAGUUUCUCCGCAUCAUUGAGAUUAAUAAUGAUGUCCAAAAAAUAUCAGGGGCAGGACUUCUGGCUGAUUUCAUUCCACUUUUCAAGUUUUUCCCAUCAUCAGGUUUAAAUGAGCUGAAAAAAUUUAUACGGGCUUUUAAUGAUUUUAUUGCUAACUCUGUGCAAGAGCAUUAUGGAUCUCAUGAUGAGAACAACAUCAGAGACAUAACAGAUGCCCUCAUAAAAUUGUGCAAUGACAGAAAUAAAUAUGAUAAAAAUUACAAAUUAAGCAAUGAACAGAUUAUAUCUACAGUGAAUGAUAUCUUUGGUGCAGGCUUUGACACCAUCUCCUCUGCAUUACUAUGGUGUGUGUUGUACUUGUUAAAGUAUCCAGAAAUGCAAGAGAAAGUCCAGAAGGAAAUUGAUGAGAUUAUUGGAACAAGCAGAUCACCCAGGUUUGAUGAUAGAAAAGAUUUGCAUUACACCGAGGCGUUUAUCAAUGAAGUUCUAAGACAUUCAUCUUUUGUACCAUUCACAAUUCCCCACUGUACCAUUACGGAUACCAAUCUGAAUGGAUACUUCAUACCAAAAGACACCUCGGUCUUUAUAAACAUGUACCAAGUAAAUCAUGACCAGACUGUGUGGAGAGAUGCCGACCUGUUCAUCCCAGAAAGGUUUCUUGAUGAAAGUGGACGUGUUGAUAAAAGUUUGAUUGAAAAGGUGUUCAUCUUUGGCAUGGGAGUUAGAAAAUGUUUAGGAGAAGACGUCGCUCGAAAUGAAAUGUUUAUUUUUCUCACGUCCAUAUUGCAGCAUCUUAAAUUAGUGAAGGAACCUGAACAUCAUGUGGAUCUGACUCCAGUUUUUGGGCUCACUAUGAAACCAAAACCUUUUACUCUCAGAACUGAAAACAGGCUAUAGUGGUUUAUCUAGGAAUCCCUGGUAUUCUUUCCCAGUCAGUAAAAUGGCUGCUGCUUUUCAGUGCAGAAUUUUAUUAUGGAAGGAAUGAGUAGUUGUUUCAAAGAAUGGGGUGCCCUUCAUUUAUUAAUGAAGCAUGUUGCGCUGUGAGUCUCCGUAUCUUCAUUGGCUUCCUCCAUUUUUUCCGCCACACUUCAUAAACAUACUGAUAGGCUAAUUAAGUUUCUAUGAAAUUGACCCAAGUUUAUGUGAGAUGGUAAAAUGUAUAUUACAUACUCAAUUUCUGAAAAGGUAUGAUAUAACUGAUAAUCUUUGUACUGAGCUAUAUAAGCAAAGUAAAAAAAAAUAAACAUCAGCCUGUCUUAUGUAUUAUCAUGCUGCCUUGCUUUACUAGCCUAAAGGGAGUCUAUCACAAUUCUGGACUGUUAUCUGCAGUUAUACAUGAGCAGUAAUGUAGAUAAGAAGUCCAGCCAUUUUGUAUUUUCCUACGGCCUCCGGUUCCCUCGCUGUCAGCACUCACACUGCCUGAAAUACACCUUCAGGACUGCUGUGCUAACAAAAUGUACACUUACACCACAGUCCAAAACAUGUAUUUUAGUGCAAAUUUAAACCCUUACAGCAGGAGAGAAAGGAGGCAGAAGGGAAAUAUAAAAUAGUAAUCUGGACUAUUCAUGUAUUACUGCAGAUAAUAGUCCAAGAUGUGGUGAUAGAUUCACUUUUAGAUGGGCUAGCUGGAGACGAGAGAGAGCAGUCAGCUGAUUGCAUCUUCCGUCUCUUUUUAGUGAUCAGUGGGGGUCUCAUCACCCGGAUCUCAAAAAUCGAAACUUCUGACUAGGGAUUAGAGAAUCGACUUUGGAUGAAACAUCCAAAGUCGAUUCUCAUAAUACUUUGCUUAAAUACUGUACGGAGC